CCCACGUCAGACUGCAAUCCUACGGUUCCCUGCAAUCUUCUCUUUACCAUCCCUCCUCCGCCCCUCAUCAGCCAACUAGGGAAUACUUUGUCAUUGCUUUGUGAAAGUAACAGAAUGCGAGAGCUUGUCUACACGUGUGGCCAAAACGCAUCCUACAACGGUAUACGUCGGAAUCUCAUUUCUCUUCCCACAGCCGCCUUCCUUCCAGCAAAUAAACCUCGGAACUAAGUUUAAAUCUGUCACUUGCUCCUCCUACCAGCGGCCUAUUGCUUCUGCCCUCCUCACUGAACCCAAGUUCCUCUUCGCAGUCCUUUCAUUUAUCAAGAAAAACAACCCACUCUAUUUUUUCAGGGCUUUAAGUGCUAGGUCUGGUCUCUUUCUCCGCAUCGAACCAGCGACCCCUGUGCUUCCCCACCCAGGCCGGACCUCCACCUGGGGAACCGCCGCGACGCAGCCAGCCCCAGCACCCGCAGCCACCUUUUCACCGGAGCGCCACUUCCGGAUCUCGGGUGCUUCCACUUUACGGUUCCCCUCACCCCCUCAGACACUUCCUAGAGCUUUGUCUAGCAGGGUCGGAGCAGGGACCCUGACUAGCCGAAGGCAAGAGUUCUCCUCCACGAAGACGCUCAGAGUAGUUUCUCCACCCUGAGAAAUCUGGUCCGGCUGCGUAGAGUGGCGGCGGUGGAGGGGCAGUUUGUUUUGAGCACCAAGUGCCGCACACCCGGAAGUGGCGCGAUACGGGAGCCGCGCUGCCGGCGGGGGCGGGUGCCGGGAACCUGGAGGUGGAGGGAAGGCCGCGGUGCUCUGGCAACUUGACUUUGACUCCUUACCUUAAAAGAUGCUGGAGUCAUAUGUAACUCCAAUUUUAAUGAGCUAUGUGAAUCGCUACAUCAAGAACUUAAAGCCGUCGGAUCUACAGCUUUCACUAUGGGGUGGAGAUGUGGUACUCAGCAAGCUCGAGUUAAAGUUGGAUGUGCUGGAACAGGAACUGAAAUUACCAUUCACCUUUUUAAGUGGACAUAUUCAUGAAUUGAGGAUUCAUGUACCAUGGACAAAACUGGGCUCAGAACCUGUGGUAAUUACCAUCAACACUAUGGAAUGCAUUUUGAAACUUAAGGAUGGAAUACAGGAUGACCAUGAAAGCUGUGGUUCUAACUCUACAAAUCGUAGUACUACGGAGAACACAAAAUCAUCAAUCAAGCCCCGGAGAAUUCAGCAGGCUGCUCCUACAGAUCCUGAUUUACCACCAGGUUAUGUGCAGAGUCUGAUUAGACGAGUUGUGAAUAAUGUAAACAUUGUGAUAAAUAAUCUCAUACUAAAAUAUGUUGAAGAUGAUAUUGUUCUUUCAGUCAACAUCACUUCUGCAGAGUGUUAUACAGUAGGUGAAUUAUGGGAUCGUGCAUUCAUGGAUAUUUCUGCAACUGAUUUGGUGCUGAGAAAGGUUAUCAAUUUUUCUGACUGUACAGUUUGUCUUGAUAAACGGAAUGCCAGUGGUAAAAUAGAAUUUUACCAGGAUCCUUUAUUGUACAAAUGUUCCUUCAGAACUCGUCUUCACUUUACAUAUGAUAACCUAAAUUCCAAGAUGCCGUCUGUUAUUAAAAUUCAUACUUUAGUAGAAAGUUUGAAACUUUCUAUCACAGAUCAACAGCUGCCUAUGUUUAUUCGUAUAAUGCAACUUGGAAUUGCUCUUUACUAUGGAGAAAUAGGCAAUUUUAAAGAAGGAGAAAUAGAGGACCCUACUUGUUACAAUAAAGAUAUGCUAGGGAACAUUACAGGUUCUGAAGAUGAAACAAGAGUAGAUAUACAAUAUCCUGCUCAGUAUAAAGUUCAAGAGCUAUAUGCACAGCAAGAUGAGGAGCAGCCACAGGGAUGGGUAUCGUGGGCCUGGUCCUUUGUGCCUGCAAUUGUGAGUUAUGACGAUGGUGAGGAAGACUUUGUUGGGAACGAUCCUGCAUCAACCAUACAUCAACAAAAAGCACAGACUUUGAAGGAUCCUAUUGUUUCUAUAGGAUUUUAUUGCACAAAGGCAACGGUGACUUUCAAACUCACAGAAGUGCAAGCUGAGAGUAGUUAUUACAGUCCACAGAAAGUAAAAUCUAAAGAAGUAUUGUGUUGGGAACAAGAAGGAACUACAGUUGAGGCCCUUAUGAUGGGAGAACCUUUCUUUGAUUGCCAGAUUGGGUUUGUUGGUUGCAGAGCCAUGUGCCUUAAAGGAAUUAUGGGUAUUAAAGAUUUUGAAGAGAAUAUGAAUAGAAGUGAAACUGAAGCCUGUUUCUUCAUUUGUGGCGAAAAUUUAAAUACGAAAGGGUUCACAUACCUUACGAAUUCAUUGUUUGAUUACAGAAGCCCAGAAAAUAAUGGUACUCGUGCAGAAUUUAUCUUGGAUUCAACUCAUCAUAAGGAGACGUACACUGAGAUAGCUGGAAUGCAACGGUUUGGGGCUUUUUAUAUGGAUUACCUGUAUACAAUGGAGAGCACAAGUGGCAAAGGUUCUACAAAUCAACAAGACUUUUCUUCAGGGAAAAGUGAAGAUUUGGGAACAGUUCAGGAGAAGUCCACCAAAAGCCUUGUUAUAGGUCCUCUUGAUUUUCGUUUGGAUAGCAGUGCGGUGCAUAGGAUUUUGAAAAUGAUUGUGUGUGCCUUGGAACAUGAAUAUGAACCAUAUAGCAGGCUAAAAUCAGAUAUUAAAGAUGAAAAUGAAGCAAUACUGAAUCCUGAAGAGGUGGCUUUUCUAGAGGAAUAUAUUCCUACUCGACAUACAAGUGUUACUCUCCUCAAAUGUACUUGCACAAUUUCCAUGGCUGAAUUCAACUUGCUGGACCAUUUGCUACCUGUCAUUAUGGGAGAAAAGAACUCCAGUAACUUCACGAAUACUACUAACUUCCAGUCUCUUCGGCCUUUACCAUCCAUUCAAAUAUUGGUGGAUAAAAUUAAUCUGGAACAUUCAGUGCCCAUGUAUGCUGAACAGUUGGUGCAUGUGGUCAGCAGCCUUACUCAACCUUCUGAUAACCUGCUUCAUUAUUGUUAUGUACACUGCUGUCUUAAGAUAUUUGGUUUCCAGGCAGGACUGACGUCUUUGGAUUGCAGUGGAUCUUACUGCUUACCUGUACCGAUUAUUCCCUCUUUCAGCACUGCUCUUUAUGGUAAACUUCUGAAACUCCCCACAUGCUGGACCAAAAGAUCUCAGAUUGCUAUAACUGAAGGUAUAUUUGAACUUCCUAACCUCACAGUUCAAGCUACAAGAGCACAGACACUUCUCUUGCAAGCAAUAUAUCAAAGUUGGUCUCAUAUUGGAAAUGUCAGCUCUUCUGCAGUGAAUGAAGCUUUGAUAAAUGAAAUCUUCCUAAGUAUAGGUGUGAAAUCUAAGAAUCCCCUGCCAACUCUUGAGGGCUCAAUCCAGAAUGUUGAAUUGAAGUACUGCAGCACAUCAUUGGUCAAAUGUGCCUCUGGGACCGUGGGAUCAAUAAAAAUUUGUGCCAAAGCCCCAGUUGAUAGUGGAAAAGAGAAGUUGAUACCCUUGCUUCAGGGUCCUUCUGACACUAAAGACCUUCAUAGCACCAAGUGGCUCAAGGAGAGUAGAAAGCCAGAGUCCCUCUUAGCUCCAGAUUUGAUGGCCUUCACAAUCCAAGUUCCACAAUACAUUGACUACUGCCACAAUUCCAGUAAGAGCAAACCUACUAUUAUUCCUUUAUUUUGCAUUUUUUUUUCUAGAAAAGCUUUUAAGAUUGAGCUUUUUUUUAAAAGCAAUUUUUGUCAAUUGGCAUACUCUCAGCAGCUGUGCUUUUUCAAAAGUCAAAGGAAAAAUAUUUGUAUCACUUUUAUUUAUGAAAUUCACCUAAUCUGCAACAUUAGUGUUAUGUGUAGCGAAAUAGUGACUAAUUCAGUUUUUCAUUUUGGCUCUUUCCAGCAACCUGUGGUAGCUGUUCCUCUUGUUAUGCCAGUUUGUAGAAGGAAAGAGGAUGAGGUGUCUAUUGGAAGUGCACCCUUGGCAAAGCAACAGUCAUAUCAGGCCUCUGAAUAUGCCAGCAGCCCUAUAAAAACAAAAACAGUAACAGAAUCCCGCCCAUUGUCAGUUCCUGUUAAAGCUGUGUUGAAUAUAUCUGAAGGCUGUAGAAGUCCUGAAGAAAGAAUGAAGGAAUUUAUUGGAAUAGUUUGGAAUGCAGUGAAGCAUCUCACACUACAGCUUGAAGUACAAUCUUGUUGUGUGUUUAUUCCAAAUGAAAGUCUGCCUUCCCCAAGUACAAUUGUAUGUGGUGACAUUCCUGGAACAGUAAGAAGUUGGUACCAUGGACAGACCAGCAUGCCAGGAACACUUGUCCUCUGUUUGCCUCAAAUAAAGAUUAUUAGUGCUGGGCACAAGUAUAUGGAACCUCUGCAGGAGAUCCCAUUUGUUAUCCCAAGACCCAUCCUUGAAGAAGGUGAUGCUUUUCCUUGGACUAUCAGCUUGCAUCAUUUCAGCAUAUAUACCCUUCUUGGAAAACAAUUGACACUUUGCCUAGUGGAACCUAUGGGUUGCACCUCCACUCUAGCUGUCACAUCUCAAAAACUACUUGCUACCGGACCUGAUACACGACAUUCAUUUGUUGUCUGUCUCCAUGUUGACCUAGAGUCACUAGAGAUAAAAUGCUCUAAUCCCCAGGUCCAGCUUUUCUGUGAACUAACUGAUACCAUGAAUAAGGUCUGGAAUAAGAUUCAUAGGAGAGGCAAUCUUAACCUAUCUUCAGGCUCUCCAGAGACCAUGGCAGGGCCUGUUCCUACUUCUCCAGUUAGAAGCAGUAUAGGCACAGCUCCUCCAGAUACCAGCACAUACAGCCCAUCUGCUGACAUUGGGACUACUACUGAGGGAGAUUCUAUACAAGCAGGUGAGGACUCACCAUUCUCAGAUUCUGUGACCUUGGAACAAACUACAAGUAAUAUUGGUGGAACCAGUGGACGUGUUAGUCUAUGGAUGCAGUGGGUGCUUCCCAAAAUAACUAUAAAGCUGUUUGCUCCAGAUCCUGAAAACAAAGGCACAGAGGUUUGUAUGGUCAGUGAACUAGAAGAUCUCAGUGCUUCCAUAGAUGUCCAGGAUGUAUAUACCAAAGUGAAAUGUAAAAUAGAGAGUUUCAAUAUUGAUCACUAUAGAAGCAGGCCAGGGGAAGGUUGGCAGUCAGGACAUUUUGAAGGAGUAUUUCUACAAUGCAAAGAAAAACCUGUGACAACUACAAAACUUCUAGAUGGCACUCAUCAGCAGCAUGGAUUCCUCUCUCUGACAUACACAAAAGCUGUAACAAAAAAUGUCCGCCACAAGUUAACAUCAAGAAAUGAGCGAAGAAGUUUUCAUAAGUUAUCUGAAGGCUUAAUGGAUGGUUCCCCUCAUUUUCUUCAUGAAAUUCUUCUUUCAGCGCAAGCUUUUGAUAUUGUUCUUUAUUUUCCUUUGCUUAAUGCCAUUGCAAGUAUAUUUCAAGCAAAACUACCAAAGACCCAAAAAGAGAAAAGAAAAUCUCCUGGUCAGCCCAUGAGGACCCACACACUGACGUCCCGCAAUUUACCUUUGAUUUAUAUCAACACAAGUGUAAUCAGAAUUUUUAUUCCGAAAACAGAAGAAAUGCAGCCAACUGUUGAAGUUAAUCAGGCAGCAAAAGAAGAUACCGUGGUUUUGAAGAUUGGCUCUGUUGCCAUGGCUCCCCAGGCUGACAAUCCCCUUGGCAGAUCUGUCCUUAGGAAAGAUAUUUACCAGAGAGCCUUGAACUUAGGAAUUCUUCGAGAUCCUGGAUCAGAAAUUGAAGAUAGACAAUACCAAAUAGACCUGCAGUCCAUCAAUAUUGGUACUGCACAAUGGGAUCAACUAAAACCAGAAAAAGAAAGUGGCACAGGAGGGGUGCUGACAGAGAGUGAAAGGAAUUCUCAAAAUCCAGCCCUCGAGUGGAAUAUGGCCAGCAGCAUACGGCGGCAUCAAGAAAGAAGAGCAAUUUUGACCCCUAUUUUGACAGAUUUUUCUGUCCGAAUAACUGGAGCACCUGCUAUCAUUUUCACCAAAAUAAUUUCUCCAGAAAACUUGCAUUCUGAGGAGAUUUUAGUGUGUGGCCAUUCCUUAGAAGUGAAUAUAACCACAAACCUGGACUUCUUUCUAAGUGUGGCUCAAGUUCAACUCUUACAUCAGUUAAUAGUAGCAAAUAUGACUGGACUGGAACCAUCAAACAAGGCUUCUGAGAUCUCUAAACAAGAACAGAAAAAAGUGGAUACAUUUGAUGGAGGCAUGGCUGAAACCUCAUCUCGGUACAGUGGUGCUCAGGAUAGUGGAAUUGGCAGUGACAGCGUUAAAAUCAGAAUAGUGCAAAUAGAGCAGCAGAGUGGUGCCAGUCAGCAUCGUAUUGCCCGUCCCUCACGCCAGUCAUCAAUUGUGAAAAAUCUAAAUUUUAUUCCCUUUGACAUAUUUAUUACUGCAAGUAGAAUCUCACUAAUGACCUAUUCCUGUAUGGCCUUAUCCAAAUCGAAAUCACAAGAACAGAAGGAUAAUGAAAAAACAGGCAAGAGUUCAUUAAAUAUCCCAGAAGUUGAUUCAGAUGUUGCUAAGCCCAACCAGGCAUGUAUUUCCACAGUGACAGCAGAAGAUCUCUUAAGCAGCAGCAUUUCUUUUCCUUCGGGGAAAAAAAUUGGGGUCCUCUCUCUUGAAAGUCUUCAUGCAUCCACAAGGUCAUCUGCUAGACAAGCACUUGGUAUAACUAUUGUUCGGCAGCCUGGUCGAAGAGGAACUGGUGACUUACAGCUAGAACCUUUUCUGUACUUUAUUGUGUCCCAGCCUUCCCUGCUUCUGAGUUGUCACCACAGAAAGCAACGAGUGGAAGUAUCCAUUUUUGAUGCUGUGCUUAAAGGGGUGGCCUCUGAUUACAAAUGUACAGAUCCUGGGAAGACUCUGCCUGAAGCCCUUGAUUAUCGCACUGUUUGGCUACAGACAGUGCCUGGAGAAAUAGACAGCAAAAGUGGUAUUCCAUCUUCCCUUAUAACGCUACAGAUUAAAGACUUUCUGAAUGGACCAGCAGAUAUCAAUUUGGAUAUAUCAAAGCCUUUGAAAGCAAACCUGAGUUUCACCAAACUGGAUCAGAUAAACCUCUUUUUAAAGAAGAUUAAAAAUGCGCACAGUUCAGCACAUAGUGAAGAGACUUCAGCCCUGCCCAACACCAUGGCGAAUAAGGAUGAUCUUCCAGUCUCCAAAUAUUACCGUGGAAAGUUGUCUAAACCCAAAGUUUAUGGUGAUGGAGUACAAAAGAUUUCAGUUCAGGAAAACAUGUGGAGAGCUGUUUCCUGCUUUCAAAAAAUUUCUGUUCAAACUACUCAGAUUGUGAUCUCCAUGGAAACUGUCCCCCAUGCUAGUAAACCAUGCCUGUUAGCAUCUCUUUCAAACCUCAGUGGAAACCUUAGUGUCAAAGCAGCACAAAAAGUACCUGGCAUAAUUUUUGGUUCAUCAUUUCUACUCAGUAUAAAUGAUUUUCUCCUUAAAACAAGCCUCAAAGAAAGAAGUCGCAUUCUGAUAGGACCGUGUUGUGCUACUGCCAAUCUGGAAGCUAAAUGGUGUAAACACAGUGGCAAUCCAGGCCCAGAACAAUCCAUACCAAAAAUAUCCAUUGACUUAAGAGGAGGUCUGCUACAGGUCUUCUGGGGUCAAGAACAUUUGAAUUGUUUAGUUCUUCUACAUGAAUUACUCAAUGGAUACCUUAAUGAGGAGGGAAAUUUUGAAGUACAAGUUUCUGAACCAGUGCCUCAAAUGUCGUCUCCUGUGGAAAAGAAUCAGACAUUUAAAAGUGAACAAAGUUCAGAUGACCUACGGACAGGUCUAUUUCAGUAUGUACAAGAUGCUGAAUCUUUGAAAUUGCCUGGGGUCUAUGAAGUUUUAUUUUAUAAUGAAACUGAAGAUUGCCCAGGGAUGAUGUUAUGGAGAUAUCCAGAACCUAGAGUGCUAACCCUUGUACGAAUAACUCCUGUGCCUUUCAACACCACAGAGGAUCCAGAUAUUAGCACAGCAGACCUUGGUGAUGUGCUACAGGUUCCUUGUAGCUUGGAAUACUGGGAUGAACUCCAGAAAGCUUUUGUUGCAUUUAGAGAAUUUAGUCUGUCUGAAAGCAAAGUUUGUGAACUGCAGUUGCCGGAUAUCAAUUUCGUGAAUGACCAGAAGAAAUUAGUAUCUUCAGAUCUUUGGAGAAUUGUCUUGAACAGCAGUCAAAAUGGAGCUGAUGACCAAAGCUCUGCAAGUGAGUCUGGUUCUCAAAGCACUUGUGAUCCACUUGUGACUCCAACAGCCCUGGCUGCCUGUACCAGAGUCGACUCCUGCUUCACUCCAUGGUUUGUCCCAUCCCUUUGCGUUUCCUUCCAGUUUGCUCACCUGGAAUUCCGCCUUUGUCAUCACCUUGACCAACUAGGCACAGCUGCACCACAGUACCUACAGCCAUUUGUUUCUGAUAGAAGUAUGCCAUCUGAACUAGAAUACAUGAUUGUUUCCUUCAGAGAACCACACAUGUAUCUUCGACAGUGGAAUAAUGAUUCUGUCUGUCAGGAGUUCCGGUUCGCAGCUCAAGCAGACUGUAAACUUCUCGAGUGCAGAAAUGUCACUAUGCAAAGUGUGGUGAAACCCUUCAGCAUCUUCGGUCAGAUGGCAGUUUCCAGUGAUGUAGUGGAAAAGCUGCUUGACUGCACCAUGAUAGUUGACUCUGUAUUUGUAAACUUUGGACAGCAUGUAGUCCAUUCUCUAAACACUGCAAUACAAGCUUGGCAACAGAACAAAUGCCCUGAGGUAGAAGAGUUGGUCUUCAGCCAUUUUGUGAUCUGUAAUGACACACAGGAGACACUGCGGUUUGGCCAGGUGGAUACUGAUGAAAAUGUUCUGCUGGCGAGUCUCCACAGUCACCAGUACAGCUGGCGCUCUCACAAAUCCCCACAGCUGUUACACAUCUGUAUUGAAGGUUGGGGCAACUGGCGUUGGUCAGAGCCUUUCAGUGUGGACCAUGCUGGGACUUUUAUUAGAACAAUUCAGUACAAGGGUCGAACUGCUUCUCUCAUCAUCAAGGUUCAGCAACUCAAUGGAGUACAAAAACAGAUUAUCAUCUGUGGAAGACAGAUCAUCUGUAGUUACUUGUCUCAAAGCAUAGAACUAAAAGUCGUUCAGCAUUACAUUGGUCAAGAUGGGCAAGCUGUAGUUCGAGAACAUUUUGACUGCCUCACAGCCAAACAGAAAUUGCCUUCAUACAUACUAGAAAAUAGUGAGCUGACAGAGCUGUGUGUGAAGGCCAAAGGAGAUGAAGACUGGUCAAGAGAUGUGUGCCUGGAAUCCAAAGCCCCCGAGUACAGCGUUGUCAUUCAGGUGCCAUCUUCAAACAGUUCCAUUAUUUAUGUCUGGUGCACAGUUUUGACUUUAGAACCCAACUCUCAAGUGCAACAACGAAUGAUUGUGUUCAGCCCUCUUUUUAUCAUGAGGAGUCAUCUUCCAGACCCCAUUAUCAUACAUUUGGAGAAAAGGAGUCUGGGAUUGAGUGAAACACAAAUUAUUCCAGGAAAAGGGCAGGAAAAAACACUGCAAAACAUAGAACCUGACCUCGUACAUCACCUGACAUUCCAAGCAAGAGAAGAAUAUGAUCCUUCAGAUUGUGCGGUUCCCAUCUCAACAUCCCUCAUUAAGCAAAUAGCCACUAAGGUAUACCCUGAAGGCACAGUUAAUCAGAUCCUUGAUGAAUUUUAUGGGCCAGAAAAGUCACUUCAACCCAUCUGGCCCUAUAAUAAGAAGGAUUCUGAAAGGAAUGAACAGCUAAGUCAGUGGGAUAGCCCAAUGCGAGUGAAGCUGUCAGUCUGGAAGCCAUAUGUUAGAACCUUGUUGAUAGAACUUCUGCCCUGGGCCCUGCUUAUCAAUCAGUCCAAAUGGGACCUCUGGCUAUUUGAAGGAGAGAAGAUUGUUCUACAGGUUCCUGCUGGCAAAAUUAUUAUUCCUCCUAAUUUUCAGGAAGCUUUUCAAAUUGGAAUAUACUGGGCAAAUACGAACACUGUGCACAAGUCAGUAGCAAUUAAACUGGUCCAUAACCUGACAUCUCCAAAGUGGAAAGAUGGAGGUAAUGGUGAAGUAGUGACAUUGGAUGAAGAAGGGUUUGUUGAUGCUGAAAUAAGACUUGGUGCUUUUCCAGGACAUCAGAAGUUCUGUCAGUUCUGCAUUUCCUCCAUGGUACAGCAAGGUAUACAAAUUAUUCAGAUUGAAGACAAGACUACAAUAAUCAAUAAUACCCCAUAUCAAAUAUUUUAUAAACCACAGCUAUCUGUCUCCAAUCCCCAGUCUGGAAAGGAGCAUUUUCACGUUCCAGACAGUGCUACUUUUAGCGUUUGCCCAGGUGGAGAGCAGCCUGCUAUGAAAUCCAGCUCCCUUCCUUGCUGGGACUUGAUGCCUGACAUCAGUCAAUCAGUGCUGGAUGCAUCCCUGCUUGAGAAACAAAUCCUGCUGGGCUUUUCUCCUGCCCCAGGUGCUGACAGCUCACAGUGCUGGAGCCUGCCAGCUAUAGUUAGACCAGAGUUUCCCAGACAGAGUGUGGCAGUACCCUUUGGGAAUUGCAGGGAAAAUGGAUUCUGUACCAGGGCUAUAGUGCUGACAUACCAAGAACACCUUGGAGUGACUUAUUUAACCCUCUCAAAAGACCCUAGUCCUCGAGUCAUUAUCCACAACAGAUGUCCAGUAACGAUGCUUAUAAAGGAAAAUAUUAAAGAUAUUCCAAAGUUUGAGGUUUAUUGCAAAAAAAUUCCCUCUGAAUGCUCCAUUCAUCAUGAGCUAUAUCAUCAGAUUUCCAGUUAUCCAGACUGUAAGACCAAAGACUUACUUCCAAGCCUCCUUUUGAGAGUUGAACUGCUAGAUGAAGUAACAACUGAGUGGAGUGAUGCCGUUGACAUCAACAGUCAGGGAACACAGGUUGUGUUCCUGACUGGCUUUGGCUAUGUGUAUGUGGACAUUGUAUAUCAGUGUGGCACAGUCUUCAUCACUGUGGCCCCAGAAGGAAAAGCAGGACCUAUUGUAACUAAUACCAACAGAGCCCUGGAGAAGAUCGUUACAUUCAAAAUGUUCAUCACUCAGUUGAGCCUGGCAGUGUUUGAUGACCUCACCCACCACAAAGCAUCAGCUGAGCUUCUGAGACUCACACUGGACAAUGUUUUUCUUCGCAUGGCCCCGGAGGCUGGUCCCCUCCCUAGGGAAGAGCCUGUGGCCGCAUUGUUUGAAUUUUACUGUGUAGAGAUCUACUGUGGGGACCUGCAGCUAGACAACCAGCUUUAUAACAAGUCCAAUUUCCACUUUGCUGUCUUAGUCUGCCAGGGAGAAAAAGCAGAACCCAUUCAGUGUUCUAAAAUGCAGAGUCUCUUCAUAUCCAACAAAGAUUUGGAAGAAUACAAGGAAAAAUGUUUUAUCAAACUUUGCAUCACCUUAAGUGAAGGCAGGAGCAUCCUCUGUGAUAUUAACGAGUUCAGCUUUGAAUUAAAACCUGCUCGGUUAUAUGUGGAAGACACAUUUGUAUAUUACAUCAAGACUUUGUUUGACACUUACCUUCCUAACAGCGGGUUGGCUGGUCACUCCACGCACCUCUCCAGGGAUAAACAGAUGUUGCCCGUGCAGGUCACACAGCACGCCAGGGCCUUGGUGAAUCCUGUGAAGUUACGGAAACUGGUGAUCCAGCCGGUGAAUUUGCUUGUCAGUAUCCACGCUUCCCUUAAGCUGUACAUAGCCUCGGACCACACUCCUCUCUCCUUCUCGGUGUUUGAAAGAGGACCCAUCUUCACCACUGCAAGGCAGCUUGUGCACGCACUGGCAAUGCACUAUGCUGCUGGGGCCCUUUUUAGAGCAGGCUGGGUAGUUGGCUCUCUGGAGAUUCUUGGCAGCCCUGUGAGCCUAGUGAGAAGCAUCGGGAACGGGGUCGCUGACUUCUUCAGGCUUCCGUAUGAGGGGCUGACCCGGGGCCCCGGAGCUUUCGUGAGUGGCGUCUCCAGAGGGACCACAUCAUUUGUAAAGCACAUCUCCAAAGGUACCCUCACAUCCAUCACCAACCUGGCCACAAGCCUGGCCCGGAACAUGGACCGGCUCUCGCUGGAUGAGGAGCACUACAACCGGCAGGAGGAGUGGCGGCGGCAGCUCCCCGAGAGCCUGGGCGAGGGGCUCCGACAGGGCCUGUCCAGGCUGGGCAUCAGCCUGCUUGGUGCAAUUGCUGGUAUCGUUGAUCAGCCGAUGCAGAACUUCCAGAAGACAUCUGAGGCACAGGCUUCAGCAGGACACAAGGCCAAGGGUGUCAUCUCAGGUGUGGGGAAAGGAAUCAUGGGGGUGUUCACAAAGCCCAUCGGAGGAGCCGCUGAGCUGGUGUCACAGACUGGCUAUGGUAUUUUACAUGGAGCUGGACUUUCUCAACUUCCCAAACAGCGCUAUCAGCCAAGUGAUCUACAUGCUGACCAGGCUCCAAACAGCCAUGUCAAAUAUGUCUGGAAAAUGCUUCAGUCUCUGGGCAGACCAGAAGUACACAUGGCCCUGGAUGUGAUUCUGGUGAGGGGCUCAGGCCAGGAGCAUGAAGGGUGCUUGCUGCUGACGUCAGAAGUGCUCUUCGUGGUGAGUGUCAGUGAGGACACACAGCAGCAGGCCUUCCCCAUCACAGAGAUCGACUGUGCACAGGACAGCAAACAGAACAAUCUACUCACAGUGCAGCUCAAGCAGCCAAGAGUGGCUUGUGAUGUGGAGGUAGACGGAGUCCGAGAGAGACUGUCAGAGCAACAGUACAACAGACUUGUGGACUAUAUCACAAAGACAUCUUGUCAUCUGGCCCCCAGCUGCUCCUCCAUGCUAACACCAUGCCCUGUGGUGGCUGCAGAACCUCCCCCCUCCACUGUUAAAACAUACCAUUACUUGGUUGAUCCGCAUUUCGCUCAGGUCUUCAUUAGUAAAUUUACCAUGGUGAAAAAUAAAGCCCUGAGGAAAGGGUUUCCUUGAGUCCCCUCUGAGAUGCUGAUUGAUUCCUGCUUGUGUGAUUUAGUUUUUGGGUUUGAGACAGGGUCUCACUGUAUUCCCAUGCUGAUCUCAAAUUCUGGGGUUCAAGCAAUCUUCCCACCUCAACCCACAAGCAGCUGGGACUGCAGGCACAUGCCACCAUACAGGGCUGCCAUUUUUUAAAAAAGCUUCAUCAGCUUUAACAUCCAGUAUGGACACAAGGCCAACAGUUUCUUAUAGCGUCACAGUUUCGUUUAGUAUUUAGAUCCUUACCUCUAAAAGACACUACAAAGUGACCAAAAAAAAAAAAAAAAAAAAGUGCUCCUUUCCCACUUGGAGACAAUGAUUAACAGGGCCCUUUAUGUUCUUACCACAUAUAGAAGAUGCAUUUUUUUGUUGUUGUUCUAUGACACUUGCAAAAAUUUCUACUAUAAUUUGGAUCUGUUAACACUGUUCCAUCACAGAAUGUGACCAGGCCUUAGAGUGGAGAACCAAAGUUAAAACCUCAAGCUGCAUCUGUUUUUGUGCUGAGUCACCACCUUGGCCUCAUGCUCCUUUGUCUGCAAAGGCCUAGGAUUCUUUAAAUGAAAUGCUUAGGACUUUGUGGCUUGUGAUAUUUGUCAUUUAACUGCAAUGCUGUUCUUUUACUGAAAGCUGCUAUGUAUAUUUCCUCUGAAGUCUGCAUUUUACUAAAAUUUACAAAACAGUAUCAUUACUGUCCAGGUGCAUUUUAGAAAAAGUGUUUUUCCAGUUUGUGUUUGACUAAGCAAACUUUGAGUAAAUCUUUUGUCCUUUAUUGAAUCCAGUCCCAAAGUGCUCAAGUGAGUUUGCCUGGUUCCAUAAACAAAACAUACAUCAUGGGAACUCCCUGGUACACUGUGGAGCACACAAGAACCCCAAUAUUAAUGCUAACAAUACCAGUCCAGAUCGUUAUUCUGUGGAAUUGACUCGACAAAGCAUUAAGAUAUUCCCAGUGUCUAAUAUUUUGCAUCUAAGAAUGGGUUUGACUCAAGAUCUUGGGUCAUCAGAUAUCUUAAAUGUUCAGUAAAUCAUCCGGUAACUUAGAACAUGUUUACUGAUUACAUUUAAACUUGGGUCUACAGCUUGUUACCUACAAUUUUGAGAUGCUAAGAGAAUGCAAUUUUAAAUGCCCAUUAUUGGUUUUUUUGUUUUUGUUUUUUUUUUUUUUUUGGAGACAGGGUCUCAUUCUGUCACCCAGGCUAGAGUACAGUGGAACAAUCAUGGCUCACUGCAGCUCAAGCUCACUUCCUGGACUUAAGUGAUCUCACUCCAGCCUCCCAAGCAGUUGGGACUACACCACCACCACAGGUAUACACCACCAUACCUGGCUGAUUUUUAAAUUUUUUUCUAGAGAUGAGGUCUCACUCUGUUGCCCAGGCUGGUGGUCUCAUACUCCUGAGUUCAAGCACUCCUCUGCCUCUGCCUCCCAAACUGCUGAGAUGACAGGUGUGAGCCAUCAUGCCCGAUAAUCUCUGAUCUUUAAAUCUCACAUGUUGGGCUAAGAAGUCACUCUGUAAUUGUUCCUGGAAAGCAAGUUUUAAUGAACAAUUCUGACUAUGAAAAACGGCUCUUUCAGUUUGUUCUGUAAUACUCAUUUAGGAAAGUGACAGUUGUCAACCUCAAGAGUAACUAUUUUUAAAAAUGUAAAUAAAUAUUAAUCCUUGUAUCUUAUGGUAAUUUUGCAUAUUGAUAUGAACGACUGUUUAAAAUAAAAGGUAUCCUUGAAUUACUGACCACCUACAGAUGUCUACUGUUACCAACAGGUUUUACAAUGCCAAUUUUCACUAAUACCCGAGUUUAAUAUAGCUCACAUCACUGUGAAUUUUACACAAGUUAAACAGGGUAAUACAUAGGUUUUGUUAUCUUAAUAAAGUGACUGAUUAAAUUAGCUUUGAAGAAAAUAAGCGUUUUUUUUCCCAACCUCUCCAGUAUCACUUUGCUUGCAAAUAAGCAUGAAUUAAUGUCCUAAGACCACCUGUGAAAAAGUACCAUACUCUGCUAGUCAUUAGCAGACAUUCAAUUCUAGUUAAGUAACUUUUUCUGGAUUAGAUAUAUAUACAAAUUCUGUUACGUACUGUUAGCUUGUUAUUAAUAAAGAAAUACUGAGUAAGAAACCCUACAUUUGAAUUACCUAUUUCAUCUAUCUGGUGGUGGCACAGCUACCAAAUAGUGGCAAUGAAGGCCAAGGACAGAUUUUAUUAGGAUUCUGUCUCUUCUUAGAGCCCACAGUAGUCUUAUAGGUUCAUGAAGAACACUUUAAUCCAUGGCCCAGGCCAAGUUACUGCACCUAGGAGUAUCUCAAUGAAACAGGCAAACUAUUGCAGUUAAAGAGGUGCUAGACCAAUGAAAUUUUAAAGAACACAGAAAUCAAGUUAGCUUUAUCAACAGUUAAAUCCCAAACCAAUUCUGAUGCUAUUAAAGUGCCCUGCAUUGUCAUUAAGAACUGAGAGACUUACUGUCCAAAGUAUUUGUUAAUUGUUUAUUCAUCAAGAGAAACUAUUUCUUAGCCCACAUAUUCAUGUGUCAUAGUUCAGGAACCCGAGUCAGUGACAAACUUCUAGGUAAUUCAACCUGAAGAAAUUCUGUGAAGAGAAACACAAAGGCUAAGUUAAUGAUAAACAUUCUCUCAACAUCCAAUAUCUUUGAGGAUCAACUGAGGUCUAUUCCUACUAGUAGAUGUCUUACCUCGGUCACUCACCCACAGAAAAACCACAGUUCAGGCCACCUGGACUCCAAGUUCACUCUCCUUUAAGCUCCCUGACCACUCUGAAUAGCAUCUCUUCCAUUCUGGGCAUACCACAUCUUACUCUGAUUUCUCGCUUUCAUUUAACAAAUUCUGCUUUUUUCCUUCUCAAUUCUACCCCCACCCCCAUUCCCUCUUAUAGCCACAUACUGUUUCUGUUCCAAGCAAUAUUUAUGUUCCUAUCUCCAAAUCUGCUCUCAUAGGUUUUUAAACAUAAUCUUAAAAAUAAUAAUGGUAAAUAUCUAACAAAUUUAAGUUAGCCUAUUAACAUCUUCUGAUUAUAAAAUGCAUGCUCACUGUAAAUUCUGAAAAUUUCAAAGUUAAAGCAGAUAUGUUAAGAUUAUAAACAGCCAUUAAUAUUUUCUUGAUCUUUUUUCCUUAAUACACAUGGUACCCAACUUAUGAUGGUUUGACUUACAAUUUUUUGACUCUAUAAUGGGUUUUUGGGGGUCUUAAAUGCAUUUUUGACAUGAUAUUCUCAACAUAAAAGGUUUAUUGGGCUGUAACCCCCAUAUAUAGUGCAACUGAAAUAUUUAGGAACAGCCUGACAAAAUAGCAGAUUCACAUUCUCCGAGUCACAGCACACUCAUUUACAGGCCAUAAACCCAGACUGAAGUGGCAAAUAGAAACUUUACAUUUUUCUUUUCUGUUGGGCUUGAAUGAAGUUAAAUCUACACGUAAGAUUCCAGACUAGGAAGUCUCAUCAGGUACUUCAUACAUGCUAUUAAGUCAAUUUAGUAGAUGACCUUUUCAUCAGCACACCAGUCAGUCCUUUUCUAGACAUAGAACUUUAAUUCACACUGUCCAUGAGGCAUAAAGAUCUUGUGGAUACAACACACCAAACCAGGAUCUAUGGAAGUCCAGCUAGUCACUCGUUAACACUCACCUAACAAACUAUACUGUCAUAAAUACUUUUUAAAAGUGACUUCUCAAAGUGUAACAUGCAUAAUACCAAUCUAGCAAUUAACAGCAUAACCUGUAAAAAUGAUUUUGAACAUAUAAAGUAAUAUGUCAGCAAGACAACAGACUGUGAAGCCCCAGGCCCCCAAACCCCCACAAGAUAAUGAACAUAUAGACCAAAAAUUAAAAACUGUUUAGUUUUAUGAGAACUCUAGAAACCAGUUGAGCAGCAACCAA